AUGUCUUCCUAUAACGCUUCAAUCAAAGUAGCAGUGUUCAUCAUAGGUGGUUUUGACACAACUAAAAGGCUGGUGGCAAUCGGUGUGGUAAUAUUGAUUAACUAUGUUGUGGCUGUUCUAGCCAAUAUAGUGAACAUCCUCUUCAUUAUUUCUGAUAAGAAUUUACACAAACCGAUGUAUCUUCUGAUCUGCAACCUUGCUGUUGUUGAUAUAUUGUACAUGUCCAGUUCCAGUCCAACAUUCAUUGGGGUUCUACUUGCUGGUGUAAACACUAUAUCCUAUGUGCCGUGCUUAAUUCAAAUGUUUGCUUUCCAUUGGGGAGGGCUGAUGGAGAUGUUUGCUUUAGCGGUUAUGGCAUUUGAUCGAUUAGUUGCUGUCAGCUAUCCUUUCCAGUACCACAGUUAUUUAACAAACGCACGCACUCUUGUACUUACGGGCAUCCUGUGGAUUGUUGCGUGUGCUUUUGUCUCUGUAAUGCCCGCAACUGUGAUUCCUCUUCCUCUCUGCACCUCAAGGCUGAAAUACAUUUUCUGUGACUAUUCUGCCUUAAUAAGAUCUUCUUGUGUAAACCCUAAUUACUAUUUCAAUAUGAUUUCCAUCAUAUCAUUUUUUCUGAUAUUUUCCACUUUUACUUUUAUUUGUGUGUCAUACUUUUGGAUUAUAGUUGUUAUAAAAUUAUCCUCACAGGACAAAAGAAAAAUGGGCAGCACCUGUUUGAGUCAUUUUAUUGUGGUAACCUGUUAUUUUUGUCCGAUGUUUGUCAUCAUUAUCCUGACCAGGAUGGGUGUGGUAUUAACUCUGGAGCAACGUCAUGGCUUACAGAUCGGGGCCAUCCUCUGCCCUUCUCUUGUGAAUCCCUUUGUGUACUGCCUCAGGACCAAAGAA